GCUUUUUACAGUAUCGUGGGGUUUUACUGUAUCGUCCGCGGUUAUUCACAGCAGACUCGCUCGACUCCUGACUCUCGCGUAGAGAAACUCGUCGUUGCAGGUGGAGGGGAGGCGUUUCGACUGGCCCAGCCCGACAUGCCAGGUCCCGUGAGCAGUAAAGCCCGCGUGUAUGCUGAUGCCAACACUGUCAAGAGCAAAGAGUACUGGGAUUAUGAGGCUCACGUGCCCAGUUGGAGCAACCAGGAUGAUUACCAGCUCGUGCGAAAGCUUGGAAGAGGCAAAUAUAGUGAAGUGUUUGAAGCAAUCAACAUUAACAGCAAUGACAGGGUAGUUGUUAAAAUACUGAAGCCGGUUAAGAAGAAGAAGAUUAAGCGUGAGAUCAAAAUUUUGGAGAACCUAAGGGGAGGAACCAACAUCAUUCGUCUUGUAGACACAGUAAAGGAUCCAGUGUCUAGAACGCCUGCUCUGGUGUUUGAAUACAUCAAUAACACAGAUUUCAAGGACCUCUACCAGAGACUAACAGAUUUUGACAUCCGAUUUUACUUGUAUGAACUUCUCAAGGCUUUGGACUACUCUCACAGCAUGGGCAUCAUGCAUCGCGAUGUCAAACCACACAAUGUCAUGAUAGACCACCAGAUGAGAAAGUUGAGGCUCAUAGAUUGGGGUCUGGCUGAGUUUUACCACCCCGCACAGGAAUACAAUGUACGGGUUGCCUCAAGAUCAUACAAAGGGCCCGAGCUGUUGGUUGAUUAUCAGAUGUAUGACUACAGUCUGGACAUGUGGAGCUUGGGUUGUAUGUUAGCCAGCAUGAUCUUCCAGAAAGAGCCGUUUUUCCACGGUCAGGACAACUAUGAUCAGCUGGUCAGAAUUGCCAAGGUUCUUGGAACAGAAGAGCUGUUUAGCUACCUGAACAAGUAUCACAUCGAGUUGGACACACGUUUCAAAGAUUUGCUUGGCCAGCAGAAUCGAAAACGCUGGGAGAACUUUGUUCAGCCAGAGAAUCAGCACCUGGUGAGCCCCGAAGCUUUGGAUUUGCUGGAUAAACUCCUGCGUUAUGAUCAUCAACAGAGAUUGACGGCACAAGAGGCCAUGGAACAUCCCUACUUCUAUCCCGUGCUGAAGGGAAAACCUCUGUCUAACUCGGAGGGCGCUCUUGCAAUAAGCAGCUCAGCCACAACAUGAUGAGCUAAAAGCAGGAAAACCUUUUUUACCUCAACAUGUCACGCAGAGACGUGCUGCCUUUCAGGUGUGAAACUUCAGUUUACUGGAGCAGAAGUUAUUAAGCAACACAAGACUUGUACAGAUCGAACACGACGGGCAUCAGCCCUUCUCCCACAUUCACUUUGUAUUAGUGCUGCUUGCCAUUAUUUCCUAGGUACCAGAUUGGUGUUCUGUUGUUUAUCCUCUCAUCUUCUUUCUUCCUUCCCUUUUUUGAGUUUGACAUUUCCAUUUGAGUUUUGGAACAACACUGAAUUAAGCUAUGAUAUUAAGAUUGAGAAAGAAUGCCUGCUCUUUCCUCAAGACUCUCAGGCUAUAGAUGACUGACGGGGCUCAGGAUCCUGCUUGUAUUAUGUACUGGAAGAUUGUGUUGUUCAAUGACUUGCCCUGCUGAUAUGAGCUCAGAUUAUAAACUAUAGUAUUGUCAGGUAUGGAGGCUUUACUGCAAUUUAUUGAGAAUAAGAUAUAUUAAAUGAAACUGUUUGUAA